CACUCGUUAUAUCAUCGCGUUUGUAUAUAAAGACCGGCCGGAUUACCAUGAAGUGACCAGUGUAAUUCGAAGCCUUGCAGACUUCUCCAGACAUCUCCAAUAAAAAAACCUACAUCAAUAUCAUCGAAAAUGCUGAAGUAUUUGCUUUUGGUUGCUUUGUGCGCGGUCGUAGCCAACUGCGAGUUGAAAACACCUUGCGCCGGCCUCUUUGAGUACACUAAACAGGAUGAAACUGGAAGAUGGGAAGGUGUUUUGAACAUCAAGAGCGAGUACACUUUGCACGGAGUUUGGAUCAGGAUCUUCUUGGAUGGAGCCGUUUCCGAUGUUAAACUUUUGGAAACCCAAGGUGAAGUGAAGAAAACUGAUGGUGAUUCCAAGGUGAAGGACUUCCUGAUCAAAAACCGCGACUUGCUGCUGAAGAAGGAUGAACCGGCUACCAUCAAAUUCUCCGUUGCUUACGAAGGCAAGAAUCCACCUGCUUUCGCUGGUUUCAGGCUGAACGCCAGGACUUUGUGUCCAGUCGGAGAGGAAUAAAAGGAUAACAAUGAUGCUUAAUUUUUAUAUUGUAUUGAAGGAAAAUACUCAUGAUGAACAAAUAAAAAAAAAUGAUGAUUUUAA